AUGCGCACCAGGCCGCUUCGCUCGGGGUUGUGGGCGGAAGCGAGCGCGCAGAAGCCGGCGCUGGGCGUGGCGUCUGUCCCCGCCCCGGCCCGGAAGUCGUUGCUCUCGCGAGACCAAGAGCCACCCGCGCGAGAGCUCGGCCUUUUCCCGGAGAAGACUGCGGCCAAGAUGGCGGAAGUGGAGCAGAAGAAGAAGCGUACCUUCAGGAAGUUCACUUACCGCGGCGUGGACCUGGACCAGCUCCUUGAUAUGUCCUACGAGCAGCUGAUGCAGCUCUACAGCGCCCGUCAGCGCCGGCGGCUGAACCGCGGCCUGCGUCGCAAGCAGCACUCCCUCCUCAAGCGCCUGCGGAAGGCCAAGAAGGAGGCCCCGCCUAUGGAGAAGCCGGAGGUGGUGAAGACCCACUUGCGUGACAUGAUCAUCCUCCCCGAGAUGGUGGGCAGCAUGGUCGGCGUGUACAACGGGAAGACCUUCAACCAGGUGGAGAUCAAGCCUGAAAUGAUUGGCCACUACUUAGGAGAAUUUUCUAUCACUUACAAACCCGUGAAACACGGCCGACCAGGUAUUGGGGCCACCCACUCAUCUCGGUUCAUUCCUCUGAAGUAGGAGGCGGUUUUGGGAAGUACAUUUCUAUGUGUAAAUAAAAACUUUUCCCAACACUU